UCUUUUGUUCAACUUUUUUCCUACCAUUGUCUUCCUUGUGCACGUGGUCCUGUUUGUUUUACUCAAAAAGAGGCUGUGUUAUCAUUCCCUCCUUACCCUAUAUAAAGCCAUAAAACCAUUCAGCUAUUCACACAUACACAAUUACAAUUGCUUCAAACUCUCAGAAGCAAAUGAGGACUAUUCACAGCCUCACUUUUUUCUUUCUAACCUUCAUCACCAUCAUUCCUUCUAAUGCAAAACAAACACACCCUAUUGUAAAUAGCCUCAGCAUUGACCUUUUCCUAGAGAAAAUAUAUGAAUGGGGUAAUGGAGCACAAGGAUUCCAAGAAACCCAACUUCAUUUUUCAGGUUCUAUGGUGCUGGCAGGAGUAUUCUGUUUCAUAGCUUCUUCUAUAUCUAGUGCUGGUGGUAUUGGUGGUGGUGGCCUUUUUAUACCAAUAUUAACUAUUGUGGCUGGUCUAGACCUCAAAACAGCUUCAAGUUUGUCAGCUUUCAUGGUCACAGGAGGAUCAAUUGCAAAUGUUAUGUGCAAUCUGUGUGCCACAAGUUCUAAAUUUGGUGGCAAGUCUUUGAUUGACUAUGACAUAGCACUUUUAUCAGAACCAUGCAUGUUACUAGGAGUUAGUAUUGGAGUUGUAUGCAAUCUUGUGUUCCCUGAAUGGUUGAUUACUAUACUGUUUGCUCUUUUUCUCACUUGGUCUACCUCAAAGACCUGCAACAGUGGAUUGCUGUUUUGGAAGAUUGAAUCAGAAGAGAGAAAGAAAAAUAUAUUUGAGGGACUUGAAAAAGGACUACUAGAAAAUGGAACAGCUGAAGAAAGGGAAGGGGAAGUUCAGGUGAAGAAAGAAAAGGAAGGGAUGAAAAGUAUUGAAGAAAAGCUUUUGGCUCAUGAAGAAAAUACUAAAUUGAGAAUCCCUUGGUUGAAAUUGGUGGUCUUAAUCUUGGUGUGGUUCUCUUUCUUCCUUCUUUAUCUUCUUCGUGGCAACAAAUAUGGACAGAGUAUUAUUCCAAUGGAGCCUUGUGGUGUGGGAUACUGGAUUCUUUCAUCAGUUCAAGUUCCUCUUGCUUUAGUUUUUACUGCUUGGAUUGUAUUUAGAAAAGACCACCAUCAAGACCAAAAUCUUAAGCAAGAGGACCCAUGCCUGUCCACUAAUGGACCAUCAAAUAAGCUCAUUUUUCCAAUGAUGGCACUGCUAGCAGGGAUACUGGGUGGUGUCUUUGGAAUUGGAGGUGGAAUGCUGAUAAGUCCACUUCUUCUACAAGUUGGAAUAGCUCCUGAAGUGACAGCAGCAACAUGUUCUUUCAUGGUUUUCUUUUCUUCUUCCAUGUCAGCCUUGCAAUAUGUAUUAUUGGGCAUGGAGCACAUAGAGACUGCCCUCAUUUUGGCGAUAAUAUGUUUUGUUGCAUCACUUCUUGGGUUAUUAGUGGUGCAGAGAGCAAUUCAAAGCUAUGGAAGACCAUCCUUAAUAGUAUUUUCUGUUAGCAUAGUGAUGACUUUGAGUAUUGUUCUAAUGACUAGCUUCGGAGCCAUUGAAAUUUGGAAAGACUACAUAUCAGGGAGAUACAUGGGCUUCAAACUACCAUGUUGA